UUUAUUAUAUUUUGUUUUAAUUUAAUUUUUUAAGUCGAAAAUACACAGUGCAUUUUUUAAAAUGGAGGAAAAAAACAAUUGUCCCUGGCUUCAAAACAGCGCAUUUGAAAACAGUGCCGCAAUCACACCAUUUACUGAACAGACUCCCUCGUGUUCAAAUAAGAACCUUCCGAAAUCUCUGCACGAAAUGGGAUUCCGUAAUUCAAUACCAAAUUGGAAUAAAUUGUGCAAACGUUUUAAGCAGGUCACAUUUGAUGAUAUGAUAAAUUGGUGCAAGAACACGGAAGGUGACAUCAUAAUAAAAAUAGGAGAAAGUGUGUUCUCAUGUCACAGAUUGAUUCUAACCAGCUACUCCAAUUAUUUCAAAAAACGUCGAACUAUUACAAAGCUUGAAGUAUCAGAUGAGAAUAUUACUCCUGGAGCGUUCCAUCGCUUGUAUAAAUGGAUGUUAGAUAAUAAAGAAAAGAUUGAUUGCGAUGGAGUUAUGGAACUCAUAAAAGUGGCAAUAUACUUUGAAAUUUCAGUAUUCCUGGAAUUUUGCUGGCAAAUGUUUAGUAAUGAACAAUUUUUUUCUGAAGAUGUAGCAUUUAUGGUAUACAAUGAUGCGCGUAAUUACGACUUUCCUGAACUGAAAGAAGUUAUGCUAAAGCGAGUACGCAAAUUUUUUAUUCAAUUAACUUGCACAGAGGAGUUCUUGCUUUUAAAUGCUACAGAACUGGGACUUUUAAUCUCAUCUAAUUACAUUGAAGUUAACAUGGAAAGUGAGGUAUUCUUCUCAGUUGUUCACUGGUUAGACCAUGAUUGGGAGCAGCGUAAUAUUUUUCUGUUACCAUUAAUGCAAUGUAUCCGCUUCAAUACAAUGCCAGCGGCUUUUUUGUUAUAUUUGUUUCGCGGUACAGACUGUGAAGAAGUGCAGAGAGUUAUAGAAAAUGAAGAAGUGUUUAAAAUGGUUCAAAAUGGUUUAGAAUUUAGUGUUGCUAAAGAGUCAUGCCCAAUAAAAGAGUUGCCUAAUAUGAUUGCGAAACUAAAGUUACCCUAUAAGCCACGUUUCUCUAUUUUUGAUCCAGGAUGUAACUAUCAUCAUAGAAGUGACUGCGCCAGAAAAGCCGGUCUCACGUAUAGCAUUUACUUGACUUACUUAGAGAAAUUACAAAAUGCAUCACCUAGUUAUUGGCAAACAUUUAUAACUGCAGAUGAUCCAAAAGCGCAAUGCUGUGAUGAAGAACAAGAAGAUGAUAGUGAAAUCGACACAGCUUGCUGUUCACAGUUAUUACACAAAAAUUUUCCAACGAUAUUACAUGAUGAUACUACAGCAACAUCAAGUGGAAGCAGUAUUACAUUUUCGAAAAAAAGCCCAAACACAGAUCAAAGCAACAAUGAUACUGAUACUACUGAAAGCUGGUUCCAGCGGAUGAAAUUUUCCGCCAAACAUUUACGCAAACGGAUUUCGUAAUAUACGCGGGACAACUUUGCAAAUUAUUCAAUGAUAAUAAAGUGAAGUUAACAUAGUUUUUAUUCAAAAUUCUAACAUUAAAAAUUUGCCACCCUAUUGUAUUGCAUGCGGGAAAGGGAGGGAUAGGGUGGUAUUCAUCCACUGGAUUUCAAAUUUUAAUUCUAAAUUUAAAUGCUUUAUAAAAAUUAAAAAUUAAAAAAAUUAAAACAAAUCGUACAUUGAAGGGAAGUAGUGAGCAUAUUUUAUGAUAUCAGAGCUUAUGGUUGCGAAGAAAGCUUAUUCAAUGUAUUGAUUUACUAUAGGAAAAGGGGAAGAAAAUGUAAAAACUUUAUUUUGGGGAAAACACAAUAAACUAUGAAGCAACAGCUUCAUUAAUCCGUUAAGGAAUUUUCCAUGGUUUCCGAGGUUCUUGAAUAUUCCUCUUCAACUAGUUUAAUUUGACUGCUUGGAUGACGAACUGGCCUUAUAAUCUGGGACAUCGUGUCUUAGAAAGUAUCUUACAUCUUUAAGGUACUGAGUCCAUGAUCUUCCAAUCAAACCACCUUUAAGGGUUGAGCAGUUUACAAUACUGGCACUACUAUUCUGAGGUCUUAUCAGUCACAAACAUUUAAAAAGAGUGAACAAAGAAUAAUUUGUUAAAAUGGAUCCCAAUUCAAAUCCUAGUACUAGUCCUGAAAAUUUUGACGAAUUCGUUGCUUCCUUCCAAAUUAAUUACAAAGAUGUAGACCUAUGUAUAUUUAUAUCGCCCGCUAUACAAAAAAAAUAUUUUGUGGUUGAAUUUUAUAACUCCCUGGCAAAUGAAACAAUAAAAAGGUUCACCGUAGACGAAAAGGCUUUGAAUGUUUUUAAAACAACGCCUCUUUACAAACAAUCCAUGAUAAUUGGAUCCAAUGUAGUUGAUAAGGAUAAUGAUACCACAAAUACUCUAAAAAUACAAGAAUAACAUAAUUUUGUGGAAUGUAUCGGUAAUUAUCAAGCGGAGAGCGGAUCUUCAUCGCUUCUUCUCUUCAUUUGGAUCCAGUGGUACUCAAGAAGAAUAAAAAAAGUGUAACUAAUCGAGUAGUUUUUUGAAGUGUGUUUCUGUAAACACUGAUCACACAACAAAACAGUUUUCCGAAGCAAGAAAUUAUGCAUUAAUGGAGCUGUUUUAGAUGGUUUUAGAUGGCAUGGAUGAGAGUUCUUUAACCGGGAAUUCCAGACACAAAACGUUAUUAAGAGAAGAUGGUUUACAUUAACAUCAAUUUUUUAAAAUAAUUAUAGACUUGUGUUUUCCCCAAAAAUAUAACACAUACAUAUAUUUUCCCCACAAUUCGCUUUUUUUUUCAAAAAAACAAAUAUUUAAUAAGAAAUUAUAACAACCUAGCUUAUUGUAUAAUACCAAAAAUCUUUGUCAUAAAAUGGUUCUGAAAAAUAAGGUCAAUAAAUCUUCUUGUGACUA